AGGAUUGACCAUGGGCUGAUUGUGGUGGAUAUCAGAGCAAAGCCAGAGCAGUUUAAAAAAAUCCCAUUAGAUCUAUUUCACUCUCCUGCAUAAAUUAUUUCUUUACAAACUUAAAUGCAACUUUGGACAGAUUUAACUGUGUUUGUGGAGCAAUGUGGGGUAAAUUUUAAGUGAAUACACUGUGAUUAAAGUGCAAUUUGUCAGUGACAUAUUUAAACCAUUUCAGUGCAAUCCCUGAACAGUUUUUGUGCAAUUUAGAGGAGAGUUUGGAGAAAUUUCUAAAUAAUGUUGGAGUUGUUUUGGAAUGAUUGUGGAGAUAUCCUUGUGAGCACAUAGACUGAUUUCACUGUGAUAUCAGUGCAAUUACAGAGCAGUCCUACAGCUGCAGCUAAUGGGAUCUUAGGGCAAAUUUUUAAAUAAUUUGAACAACAAAACAACAAUAUAAUUCAUCUUUCAAUCCAAUGCUUAAAUAACUAGAAAAGCACUCGGAGAGCACAGACCUUCGCCAAGCAGCUCAUGUCCCCCCUUAUAUUGUGAUUCACACCAAAACUUUUACUGUUACGUGUCUUUUAUUAACUUUUGUUUGUGUUCAAACUGGUAUGUUCACUGUUCAUAAUGUUCCUAAAACAACAAAGCUCAUAUUAGAUACAUAAAUGCAUGAUUUAUUGUGCAAUAUUUGUAAGCGUACAAACCUUGUAUCUUCAUUGGUUAUCUUUCCAUUUUCAUUUUCUACCACUUAUUCCUGUUCCCGGGGUCGCGGGGUGCUGGAGCCUAUCCCAGCAUCUUCGGGUGAAGGCAGGGGACACCCUGGACAAAUUGCCAGUUCAUCGCAGGGCUGAAAUAUAGAGACGAACAACCUUCCAUGCUCACAUUCACACCUAUGGGCAAUUUCAACAACAGACUGGACUGGAAAUCCAACACCGACGCUGUCUACAAGAAGGGGAUGAGCAGACUCUACUUCCUGAGGAAGCUGAGAUCCUUCAACGUGUGCAGCAAGAUGUUGGAGAUGUUCUACUAGUCUGUGGUGGCCAGUGUACUUUUCUUUGCCGUGGUUUGUUGGGGGAGCAGCAUCGGAGCCAGUGACACCAACAGACUCAACAAACUGAUCAGGAAGGCUGGCUCUGUGAUUGGCUGCAAACAGGACACUGUGGUGGAGAGGAGGACACUGACCAAACUGUUAUCCAUCAUGGAUAACCCUGACCACCCUCUCCACCUCACUCUGGACAGACAGCAGAGCUCCUUCUCCAACAGACUGUUGCAGCUCCAUUGUCAAAGGGACAGAUACAGGAAAUCUUUCCUGCCACAAGCAAUUGCACUGUUUAAUAACUCACAUCUGUCAGACAGGGACUCACAUCUGUCUGCUGUUGGUCCAUUUUUUAAAACUCCUACCAAAUCACAUUACUGAGCACCUUAAUUUGUCUGUUUAUUUAUCAUCCCAUCUGUAUAUUUCGCAUUUCAUAUUUAUUACUCAUUUCAUAUUUAUUACGCAUUUCAAUAACCCACGAUCUUCAUAUCUCACUUUUUUCUCUUAGGAUGUUUAGUAUAUUUAGUCUUGAUUUAUUGUAUAUACUUGGUAUUUUUAAUAUUUUUAGUCUGUAUUUCACUUACUUCUUCUUAUAUUUAAUUUUAUUUUGUAUUUUUUGCCGCUGUAACAUGUGAACUUCCCAGUUUGGGAUCAAUAAAGUAUAUCUAUCUAUCUAUCUGAGCAGCCACAUUCACCCAGUAGGUUUCACUGACCAUCGUCUAGUCACUGUAGGUUUUCACAUCUCACCAACCACCAGAGGCAGCUCUUACUGACACUUUAAUGUAAGGCUGCUACAGGACAAAGUUUUCUUUAAGACUUUUCAGACGUUUUGGGGAACAUGGAGGGACAGGAAGAGGGAAUUUGAGUCACUGAUUCAAUGAUGGGAGGUGGGAAAGGCUCACAUUAGGGUUUUCUGUCAACAACUGACUUCCUGGAUGCUGAGGUCUCUCUGGAGGAGCUCACAGCGGCACUAAUGGCCCUGGGUGGAGCUCCUGGAUUGGAUGGACUCCUGGCUGGUUUUUAUAAACAUUUCUGGAGGCAUCUUGGAACUGACCUGUGGGAGUUGCUGCAAGAAGCCUCUUGGACUGGUUUAUUACCAACAUCGUGUAGGCAUGCAGUCCUCUCACUGCUGCCUAAGAAAGGCGACCUGGCUUUGCUGGAGAACUGGAGACCAGUUGCUUUGUUAUUCACUGACUACUAGCUCCUAUCCAAAGUGCUUGCAAACAGACUCAAGAAUGUAUUGGGAAUAACAAUCCACAGGGACCAGUCAUACUGUGUACUGGACAGAACCAUCAUAGACAAUCUUUUUCUUGUGAGAGACUAACUGGACUUUUGCAAAUUACAUCAUAUGGAUGCUGGCAUUAUUUCUUUAGAUCAGGAGAAAGCUUUUGAUCGAAUUGAUCACGGUUUCAUUUUUUCCACUUUAACAGCUUUUGGGUUUGGAGAUGGUUUUUUUUUCCACUGUUGAGUUUGUUGUAUAGUGAAGCUUGUUGUUUGGUCAAGGUGGAUGGGGGGCUAAGCUGUCCAAUGCAGGUUCAGAGGGGCAUUAGGCAGGGGUGUCCACUCUGGCCAGCUGUACUUGUUGGCCAUUGAGCUACUUCUGGCUAAAUUGAGAUCUAAACUGUCUGGGAUUAGUUUGCCAGGGUUGAUUCACUGCCCCCCACUGGUGGUUUUGGCCUACGCUGAUGAUGUCAAUGUCUUAUUCAGAACCAGGGCGAUGUGUCUUCUCUCACAUAUACUGAAUAAAUACAUAUACUGAACUCAUUUUGUUUCACCAUUACAUGAGCUGUUGUUGUUGUUGCUGUUGUUUCUGCUGUCUCUCUCUCACCCUCGUUCUCUACUCUCUCUCCCUCCCCCCCUCUCCUUACUCAUUCUCUCUCUCCUUCCCUUAUCUUGUUCUCUCUCUCUCCCCCUGCCCUCUCCCCUCUCCCCUCCUCUCUCUCUCUCCAUCUCUCUACAUUCCUCCCCAACCCAGCAGCGGCAUGGUGGCUGUCUAACAUGAGGCUGGUCCUGCCCAAGGUUUCUGCCUGUUAAAAGGAAGUUUUUCCUUGCCACUGCUACUCAUGUUAGUUGAGAUGGGCCAAAACCCAUCUUAGGUUGGUUCUUGAUCAUCAAACAACGAGCGUGGUCUAGACCUGCUCUUGUUCUUUGAAAAGCAUCUUGAGAUGACGACUGUUGUGAAUUGGCGCUAUAUAAAUAAAAUUUGAUUGACUGAUUGAUUGAUACAGCCUCUCCAUAACAGCUGACCAGGUGAGAAGUGAGUUGAGGAAGAUCAAGCCAAGGAAAGCCACGGGUCCUGAUGGCAUCAGCUCCAGACUCCUGAAGGACUGUGCAGACCAGCUCUGUGAGGUGCUACUGCACAUCUUCAGCUUGAGCCUGAGUCUGGAGAGGGUCCUAGCACUGUGGAAGACUUCCUGCAUGAUUCCUGUCCCCAAGAUAGCACACCCCAGGGAGCCCAACCACUUCAGACCUGUGGCCCUCACCUCUCACCUGAUGAAGACUCUGGAGAGGAUCGUGCUGAGGGACCUCCGUCUCCUGGUGAGCUCUCAUCUGGAUCCUCUGCAGUUUGCGUAUCAGCCAAACAUCGGGGUGGAUGACGCAGUCAUCUACCUGCUGCAGAGGUCCAUGGCCCACUUGGAGAACACCGGCAGCACUGUGAGGGUCAUGUUUUUUGACUUUUCCAGUGCUUUCAACACCAUCCAGCCUUCACUGCUCAGGGGGAAGCUCGAGAGGGCGGGAGUGGACUGUCACCUAGCCGCAUGGACCGUGGACUACCUCACCGACAGACCACAGUUUGUGAGGCUUCAGAACUGUGUAUCGGACAUGGUGGUCUGCAGCACAGGGGCUCCACAGGGGACGGUGCUCUCCCCCUUCCUCUUCACCUUGUACACCUCAGACUUCAGCUACAACUCUGGGAGCUGUCACCUCCAGAAGUUUUCACAGCCAAUGUCAGAUGUGUAUCGUCAGGGGAUGAGCGGGAAUACAGGACUGUCAUCAGUGACUUUGUCAACUGGUGUGGCACAAACCACCUCCAGCUCAACGCCAGUAAGACAAAGAAGAUGGUUGUGGAUUUCCGCAGGAGGAGGUCACUUCAGACUGUUCCAGUGAACAUCCAGGGUCUGGACAUCGAGAUGGUGGAGUCCUACAGAUUCCUGGGUGUCCACCUCAACAAUAAACUGGACUGGUCAACCAACAUAGACAUCCUGUACAAGAAGGGCCAAAGUCGUCUCCACCUGCUGAGGAGACUGAGGUCCUUUGGAGUGUGCAGGACUCUGCUCAGGACUUUCUAUGACUCUGUGGUAGCAUCUGCACUUUUCUAUGCAGUGGUCUGCAGGGUGACAGGGAGCACCGAGAGGGACAGGAAGAGACUGAACAGACUGGUCAGGAGGGUCAAUUCUGUCCUGGACUGUUCCUUGGACUCCCUGGAGGAGGUGGGUGAGAGGAGGAUGUUAACAAAGCUUGUAUCCAUCAUGGACAAUCCCUCUCACCCACUGCACCAGACUGUGGGGGCUUUAAGCAGCUCCUUCAGCAGCAGACUUAGACUCCCACCUUGCAAGACGGGGCGCUACCGCAGGUCAUUCCUCCCCUCUGCAAUAAGACUUUACAACGAACUGUAAUAAAACUGGACUCACACCACCACUUUUUUCUGGCAUUUAAAUUGUGUAUAUUGUAGAUAGUUUUAUUUUUCUUCUCUCUUUUUCUAAAUUUUUUCUUAUUACAUUAUUUUAAGUUCUUAAUAUUAAUUUCUUUAUUUUUAUAACUGCAUUUUUUGCACUCUGUCUGUGAUGCUGCUGUGACAAAACAAAUUUCCCCCAUGGGGGAUCAAUAAAGGAAUAUUCUAUUCUUCUAUUCUAUUCUAUAUGCAUGGAUCUUUACAGAAAGGCUGCCUCAGCAAGGGUCAGUUGGGGAAAAAGUGAGGCUUUGCAGUUGGGGCUGUGAAGGGAAUCAGGGGCGUCGGUUUUACUGGGAAAUCCAAGCUGGGGAAGGCAGGGCAUGAAGGUGCUGGGGGGGUUUCUUGGAAAUGAGCAGUUUCAGAGGAAGAACUGGGAGGGUGUGAUGGAGAAAGUGUGCGCCCGACUGUCUAAGUGGAAAUGGCUGCACCCUCAGCUUUCCUACAGGGCAAGAGUCCUGAUUGUCAAUAACUUGGUUGCCUCGACCCUUUGGCAUAAGCUGAGGGUCUUGCAGCCACCAAGGGGCCUGGUGGAAGCCGUCCAGAAGAAGACGGUGGAGUUCUUCCAGUCAGGACACCAUUGGCUGAGAUCAGCUGUGCUGCACCUGCCAGUACAUAAGGGUGGACAGGGCCUGGUGAACAUUGUGGCGCAGGUUGCAGCUUUUAGGCUGCAGUCGGCCCAGAGACUUUUGUACAGUUUUGGUCUGCUGUGGAUGGACACAGCCUGUUUGCUGCUGAGGAAGGCUGGUCAUCUUGGGUACGACAAACAUCUGUUUCUGCUUGAGCUUAGCUCAGUGGACUUAUCUGGGUUGACACCUUUUUAUCAGUCGAUGGUUCAAGCAGCACAGGUCUUUAUUUUUCAGUGGAAGCCUGCAGUAACACCAGGCAUGUGGCCGUUUAAGGAACCUCUGUUUCAGAACAGUUUUAUCUCCUCUGGGGUCCUGUCCUCUGACAGCCUCAGGAUCAGACUGAGGGAGGCCGGCUGUGUGAAAUUGGGUCAUCUCUUAAAGACCUCCAUCCCUCACUUGGCAGAGCGAUUCAGCAUCAGGUCACACAGACUGCUGUCCAAGCUGGUGGCAGAGGUCUGUGUGUCCCUCCCAGAGGUCUUUAGAGGUUUUGUGAAGGACCGGACUGUUUUGGACCAGUGGGAAGAGCAGCAUGAGUACAUAUUGUACAUCGAUGUGAAGGUGGCAGGCCUGCACUCCCUGGCCGAGUUGAAGGUGUCAACUUAGACUGAGUUUUUUGGCAGGGGCUCUUCCCCAGUAGGUUGUUGGCGGUCCCUGUACAAACCUCCCGUUGAUAAACAGACGGGCGACCUCCAGUGAAGGGUUGUACAUGGGGCUAUAGCUACAAACAGGUAUCUGGCACAGCUCGAUCCUAGCAUGGGGGACAGCUGUGCCUUCUGCUCUGACACUGAGACGUUACACCAUCUCUUUGUCCAGUGUCCCAGGAUGGGCCCUUUGUUCAGGCUGCUGCGGGGCUGGUUUCAGGAGUUAGGGGAGCACUUUUCUUUCUAUGGGCCAUGCUCUUCUGUGCACAAGAAGGCAGCUAAAACCCUCAUAAUUUACAUCUCAGGCUAAGCCAAACAGGUCACUUGGAAGACAAGGAAGAACAGGGUGGGAGGUCAGGGGUCACAGGACAUGGUGCAGAUGUUCACAGGGAUGCUGGCAGCUCGGCUUAGGUUGGAUUUCAGUUUUUACAGGUUUACAGUCCAAACUGAGGUUUUUGUUGGGACCUGGGCUGUAAAUGGGGUUUGUGUACAGUCCAGGAAAAUUCACUGGUCCUGAGGUUUUGAGCUUUUUCCUUUGUCAUCUUAUCUCGGUUGAUAAUGUCCUGUUUUUUGCUGUUGGAGUUUUUUAUUUGAAUUUUUGCGACAUGAGACGGACGGGUAAUAAAGGUUUGGUUUUAAAAAUAUAGAAAUCUUUUUUCAUGUAAAUCUCCAACUAUCCCAUCUCUCCCCCACCCCAGUGGUGGCAGGUAGCUAACAUGAGUUUGGUUCUGCUCAAGGUUUCUGCCUGUUAAAAGGAGGUUUUUCCUUGCCACCAUAAUUAGCUAAAUACAGCAAAGUGCUUCACUUAUGUUGGUUCAAGAGGGGUUAAGAGUGGGUCCUAUUUCUACAUGGGAUUCAAUCUUUUCCCAUCUUGAAGUUGGGUCUUUGUAAUACUUUAAAUAAGGAGUUUGGUCUAGAUGUCCUGUUUUGGAAAGGGUCUUGAGAUAAUGAUUGUUGUUAUUUGGAGCUACAUAAAAAAAUUGAUUGAUUGGUUAGACAAUCUUUAAAACACAUUGACUGUCACAGUAAGAGUCACAGGUAUCACACUAAACUUCAUAAUUUUUAAAAACAAAAAAAUGUUGUGUAUACAAAGGCUGUCCCAAUAUAGCAGUAUUGAAAAAAUAAAAACUGAUUCUGUGACUAAAUUAAGCAUUAAGUAAUACUGUGAGUUUGUAGUGGACCUUUAUAGUGGCUGUCAGAAGUUAUAAAAUGAAUGAAUGACAAAAAAAGAAACAGUAGAACAAGCUACCUGUAGCAGCCCUCGAUAAGAGAUGGCUAUCACAAUUAAAAACUGACUCUCAAAGAUGUAUUGGGAAUUUAAAAACAACGUCAGAGCUUUUGCCUCUAUAAGUUACUUAUUGAGCAAAUAUUUAAACUUCAGACUAUUCUGAUAAUUGUUUUCCUUUCGAUCCCCUACUUGUGAUCUGCAGGAAAUAGCUUGUGCUUUAAAAUGAAAGCAUAGCUGUUCUGUAUACCAUGCAGAAAAUGCAGCAACCCAAACACAACCCAGAAAAAAAUAAAAAAUAAAAACAUGACAAACAAACAUUUCUGAGAUACUAACCUUUCCAAACAAGUUUCAGUCAUUGUUGUUACUGUUGUUUUAUUGAUUGUCUGAUUGUCUUUAUUGAUUUUAUUGAUUUCAGCACAUAAACAGUAUUUUUCAUAUUUUAUCUCGUAGGAUGAUAAUUUUUUCUCGUAGGAUGGCACAGCCCGCACAGUGGUAUUUUCGUCUGGCGGAGCCCGGCGCCCCAGUGAGGUGUGCCAAGCUGGGCGUGGUGGCACGGUAGGGGGAGGUGUCGACAGAAUCAGCUGGCGCAGUGUAAUUUUUGUGCUUGCUGGCGGCGUAGAAAGUGCGCUGAAAGCUCAAACCGGGUCAGCUCUCAGCACAGGCGGGGCGCAGCUGAUCAAGUAGUAUUUUAGUAGACCGGCAGCGUAGUGCGCAUACAUCACUGAUGCCUCCCCAGCAGGUUUCCACAGUUUCAGGCACAUUUAAGUGAAAUAAAUAAUCAACAACAACCAAUAUUCAGUACAACUAUCUGAGUCAGCGCAUACAUUUAUAUAUAUAUUGAUAUAUUCUGAUCUACAUCUUAUCUGAUGAGCACGUUUGGCACGCAUUUGGACACUCCACCUGACUGAAAUAACACAGCUGAAACUGCAUUAAAUUAAAUAUCCAGUUAAGUCACACAUGAUGAAGUUAACAAGAUAUUUAAUUUGUCUCCCCCCUUUUUUUCUCUCCCUCUUCCUCUUAUUUCUCGCGCAGCUGGAAUCAGACACAUCUCUGUGUCCUCUAACCUGUCCUGCUGCUGCGGCAAGGCUAAAAAUAUCAUUUAUUUCAGUGAUCAGAUGAGUUAUUUACUUAAAAAAAGAAACUUUAAUUCACAAUAACCUGUUUAUCUGAUGUUUUCAUAUUCAAUCAGGAGUUAGGCCUACAUUACGAAUAUGAUAAUAUUCACUUGUGUGAGCCAAAUUAAUUUUAUAUGCCAACAUAAAUGAAAAAAAAAGAGCCAGGCCACAGAGCGUGAUGCGUCCUUUACACACAGGUGGUUCUGAUUUUACGCCAUUAUUGGAAUUUGUUUAUGCUGUGAUCUGUGUGCUCAACCCACCUUUGUCACAUUUGGUUUUAAUAUAUGCAACUUGAUGUGAGUGUCUUUAUUUGUUGAAAAGGAUGCUUGUCUUACCAGAAGGUACAACCUUACACACACCAAAUCCCUCUGUGCUUAUUUGAGAGAGUGUGGAGGACGCCCUGCAGUGCUUACAGUGACACUUGUUGAGGGCCAUCGCCAUUGUGUGGCAUUGCUGUCUUCAGCCACCUCUUGAUCUCUCGGACUACUUCAUGAAAACUGUAAUAUGCCUUAACGGUGGCAAAUUUAAAGAGGACAUGAAACACACCACAUUGGCAUCCUCACGUGGUAAAAAAUCAAUAAGGAGAGAGUCUGAAAUAUUUUUUUGUAUAAAAAAAUCAGCUGUUCAAUAGGAAAACCGCUUUCAAGAGUGUAUUUACGACAUGCGCACAGCGCCAUCUUGAGUUUACUACAUUUGUGACGUCACCGGUUGUGCAGGAACAGAGUGGUUAAAUAGUAAUUAGUGUACGUGACUCAAUCGCUUAGUGGUAAGAUGUCGGAGGAUAAAUUUAAGAUGGAUGUGGUGGAGGUCUAUCCUGCCAACCCGAUGGCGUAUUCUUUAGAGCCGGUCAGAAAGAGACCAUGUAAGCGAGAAGGAGAAGCGGAGGAGGAGGAGGCAGUAGCAACAUUACACACAUGCACGCUCAAACACACACACACACACACACACACACACACACACACACACACACACACACACACACACACACACACACACACACACACAGCAGCAAUCCGAAGUAAAUAUCGGCA